AUGACUCAGAUAAAGAUAAUUCUGUUCUUUCACCUUAAAUUUGUUGAUGAUAUAACGACAAGUGCUCCAGUAAAAUCAGGAUCGGAUUCUGCUGAGGCUGAGGUGGAAAGCGUUCAGAAUUGGUCGGAAGCAAAUCAAAUGACAUUAAAUCUUUCUAAAACGUGGGAAAUGGUUGUGCACGGUGGGUCUAUGAAACCGUUACCGGCACCGAUUGUAGGCAUUGAACGAAAGAGCUGGUUGAAAUUAUUAGGUGUCACAUUUCAGGAAAAUCCAUGUUGCUGGGAUCUUCAUAUCGAUGAUCUUCUGUCGAAGGCUAGUGAGCGUAUGUACAUAUUGAGAGUGUGUAGAUGCUAUGGUUACUCUGCAGAUCAGCUAAGCAAAUUAUUCGGUUCGCUAAUCAUGUCACUCUUUUACUAUUGCAUUGAAGUGUGGGGCUCUGCACUCCAAAAGAAAUAUUUGGAUCGUAUAGACAAGUUUUUUCCGGCGAGCUUAUCGUUAUGGAUAUACGACAAAGAGUAUUAA